CUUUUAACGAGAGCUUUGUCGAAACUCUUCAUGCAGAAAAUGACUUUGAAAUAAAUUACAACUACACUCUCGAUACAAGGCUGUUCAAACACAUAGAUGCUUACAACCAAGAGCAUAGAGAUCUAAUAAAUAAAUGCGUAAAUCUCUAUUUGAAUAACUUCAAAUUAAAGGGAUACUCAACUGCUAUACUGUGUGAGACAAAUAUGGACAAUAAAGAAAGCAAAACAGAUUACUUAGAUGUAAUAUUUUUAAUGUUUCUGGGAGCGAUUGUUGCAAUGUCAGCAAUAUGUACUUAUGCAGAUCGAAGAAACAAUGAUGAAGGAACAUUAAACUACUACAAAGAAGCAAUUAACGACAAAACAUUGAAAUGGAAUCUCAUUACUGCAUUUUCUAUACCCCGAAAUUAUUACAAAUUGGUUCAACCUGCAAAAAAUGAAACAGAACGAGAUUUGAGAGUCGCACAAGGAAUUCGAGUAUUUUUUUUAUACUUUAUGGUCUUCUCACAUACAACAAUUGGAUACGCUGUUGAGAUCGCCUUGAAUCCAGAGUAUUAUGAAAGAAGUUAUCAUCAAUUAUUACCUGUUUUGUUAUUCAAUGGAAUUACAUAUAUCCAAGUAUUUUUUGCGAUUGCUGGAUUUAUGUUGGCUGUACAAAUUAUGGAAGUCGCAACUAAAAAUGAUGAAGAAUUUAGAUUUUAUCCUUUGGCAGUAAUUUAUCGAUAUUUAAGAUUUCUUCCUGUUUACGGCUUUCUCGUAUUUUUUAAUGCUACCUUUUUGGUAAGAAUACAAGAUUCAGCACAUUGGCAAAGAAUCGGAGGAGUCGAAAGACAAUAUUGUCGAAAAAAUUGGUGGGCUAACAUCUUUUACCAAAACAGUGGAUAUGAUAAAUCACAAAUGUGCAUGUUUCAUACUUACUUUAUAACGUUAGAAUUUCAAUUGUUCAUGUUCGCAUUAGCUUUCCUGAUGAUCAUUUGGCGUUAUCCAAAAUGUCAGCGGGUAUUUACGUCAAUUAUCACACUUCUGUCAAUUGCAUCUGCAGGAAUUUUGACAUACAUCUAUAAUUUGGAUGGAAUAUUAGUUAUAACUCCUGAAGAACGUCAUGUAUUAACACAACAAUCGUACUUUCAGAAUUUCAUGAGUGCAAUUGAGCCAAAUGCCGGUCCUUAUUUCAUUGGAAUAUCAUUUGGAUUAUUGUAUCAUCCCAUGAAAAAUAGUCAAAUUUUAACAAAAAUUAAGUACAAAUUAGCUUACUAUAUGUGGUAUGUUUUACCAAUAUUCGCUGUGUUAUCAAUGUUGUCCACGCAACUAUUUUACGAAUAUGAUUUUGAAAAGCCAUCAAUUUGGAUGUCAGUAUACGCAAUGUUCACACAAAACAUUUGGGGACUUACAGCUGUAUCAGCAGCUCUUCUUUUCUGUUUUAAGAAAACAACAUUCCUCACUUCGAUGUUAAAUCUUCCUAUAUUUUUACCUGUUUAUCGACUUACGUAUACAACAUACAUUUGUCACAUCUCUGUUUUGUACAUCAUUGCAGGAGCAAGCAAAGGCGCAAGUAAUAUUGGGACAGUUCCUUUGUUAUUGUUCUCAACCUCAUGUUUCAUAUGUUCGCACUUCAUAGCUUUUGUGUUAACAAUUUUAAUCGAAUAUCCUACAAUAGGUGUGAUAAAUCAACUUUUCCGAAAAUUAGAUUGACUUAUUUUAAAUUGUUUGCAGGAAAAAGAAAUUCUAGAUUUACAGAACAUUUGGAACUUGUUACGUAGCUGUUGAAUGCAGGGAAUGGAAUUAGAAUACAACUUAGUUGUUAUAUUGUUUACCAAACUAAAAAUUUUAAAACAUGCAAGUGCUUGCCGUUGCCAUUUUUU